AUGCGUACAGCCCCGGAGAGUGCAGCACCAGUUGAUAUCAUCCUCGGAGUCUCCGCUGAGACCGUUCACGCCAUCACAGUCCACCAGCACAAGAUGAUGUUCCAGUCCCCUAUCGGCGUCAUGAAGGAGGUCGUGUGGGACCACAGCGAGAAGUCGGUGCACUUUGUGCUGGACGACGGCUCCACGUCCCCGACGUUCGUCUUCCCUGUACUCACAGAGCUUGAGGCGCAUUUCACUGCAAUCCUGGCGCUCCCGGACCUGGAGAAGCCGCCCGAGCAAGUCUACAUCGGAGUUCUGAUAGGUCAGAACUUGCCCUCGCCGAUCCAGCAGCGACGAGCGUCUCUAGGGUCCAGUCAGCCGUCGAUGCUGCCCAUGUCCAAGCGACGAGAGUUACUGCGACGAGAGCAGCCAGUGAAGAACGCAAUGAGUCGCGAGCGCUUGGGGGUGGAGUUCAUUCGGUCGGGAUUCCUCGGCUUUACCUGCUCCAUUAGUGGUGAUCUACGGGGACUCACGCUUGGGAUUCACCACCUUCGCGUAUUCCCAUCACCCGACUGUCACGACCGCAGUGCGUGCCUGUUUUCCUACUCAUACGAGCACCUCGAGUCCUGCGAAGUGGCGGGGACGCGAGUUGAACUCCGGUUCCGAACGACUCAUCAACUCGCAAAGCAGCCAAGCUAUCUCGCGUUCCAGAGCUUAGAAGCCCAGUACAUUCGGGAGGCGAUCUGGUACCUCAAGAACGGCACGUACAUGGACGCCUCUCUCCGGGAGAUGCUAGCCUCUCCGACCCGAACUCCUCGCCUCAAGCAACGCAUCGACGCUUGCUGUCGAGUCAUUGGUCUACGCACCAAUCCAAGCAUGUCGCGAGUUGCCACAAACGGGUUGUGCGAGCUCCACGCAUUGUGUCUCUCGUCGGCGCUAAACGAGCCGCUACUGCGUCAAAUGGCCGCUUUGUCUCGUAGCAAGGCGCCGCUGCCUUCAAAGACUAUACAAGCUCUCGCAGCUCUACUCCAGUCAACGCAUUAUGCGAAGAUGUUCAAGUUUCAAGGUCAGCUACUCAAGCGGCAGAACGCUCGCACCUUCCACCUGCGGAAAGCGUGGCACCCCAAGCUCGUCGUUCUGUUGGAGACCCCCGUGGGAGGAUUCCUCUGCUACUACGACAAGAUUACGCACUGCCCCGGGAUGACAGAUACCCCGAAGGAGCGACGAGUCAUCGAUCUGAGCUCGGUGCUCUGCAUCCGACCGGUAUCCGCUGCUAGUCCAGUCAGUCGUGGUGGUAGCAGCACUAGCACUUCGACAAUGCACGCGUUCGACGUGGUUACGCUCUACCGGACGUGGACGUUUGCGGCGGCGGAGCCUGAGGAGUACGAGGUGUGGCUGAACGUGCUCUCCGAAUGCGUGGAGAAGCAUGCAACCAUCGCUCCGGACAAAAUACUGCGCUUCCCGGUGAAGCAGGCGAUGUCGGGCCAGUCGUGUCCGACCGAGGCGACUUCGCUGGAGAUUUCGUCCCAUGGAGUUUCCUUCUGCACGGGACAUGAGGCGGAAGUCGAGCUGAGCUCCUGGUACUACACGGAUCUCGAGAAGUGGUCGGUCGUAUUCCAGCAGGGGUACACGUGCUGUCUGCUCAAGUGUCGGAGUCCUGCGCCAGCCUCCCCAGGCACCCCUCGAGCUACCACCGGCGAUACAAUUACGCAGGACUUCCUCUUCCGAACAGCCGAGGCCAGCACUAUUUGCCUCGCUAUUGAGUUCUAUGUGGGCAAAUGCAUGGCCAAGCUGGAGGUGCUGGCUGGUCAAUACCUGGAGGAGAGUCGCGCAAGGAAA